UUGUGGGGCUGAUUCUGAAAAGAUGAGUUUGAAUUUGGAGGCUUACUUCCGGUCAGUUUUCGAAGAACGACUCAAAUUAAAUAAGGUCGCGCAGAAGGAUUUGGCGGAUUCGAGUACAAGCGUUAUGACACUUGUGGAGGCGCGCGAGGAGUGCGCGAGUGUGACCUGUGCUCUGGAAUCUCAGAAAGAGGAGAUGCAGAUGAAGCGGGAGAAUUUAAGAGAGAGAGACGAAAACAUUAAGAAAGAAGAGGAGAAACUGAAGAAAUCCAUACUGAAAUAUAACAAGUUUUUGCAGGAAAAUGAUGCCAGACGGUUGCGUGCCUUAAAGAAAGCAGAAGCAGAGAGAGCUCAAAUCAGACUGAAAGAACUGGAGAUUCUGAAGCUAAAGGCAGAGAAUGACACCCUGCUGGCACGAAAAGAGAUACUGGAGGAUCGUGUCAGAAAAGCCAUAUGCUACCAAGAGUUCCUGGAGAGAGCCACAAUAAUGUCCGGAAAGGUAGUUGCACUAUUAGUUGGUAGUCUACUGUUGUUGUUGUGUCUGGAAAGGGUACAGGUACUGAAACAACUCAGAGAAACUGUCAAGCUGGACUCACAUGCCUCAUUUGCCUGA